AUGAUCAGAGCAAGUAGUUCUUCCCAUUCACUAUCCCGUAGUUCUUCCCCAUCACUAACCAGAAGUUCUUCCCCAUCACUAACCGGUAUUUCUUCCCCAUUACUAACCAAUAGUUCUUCCCAUUCACUAACUAGUAAUUCUUCCCCAUUACUAACCAAUAGUUCUUCCUAUUCACUAACCCGUAUUUCUUCCCCAUCACUAACCAGAAGUUCUUCCUCAUUACUAACCAGUAGUUCUUCCCCACUACUAACCAGUAGUUCAUCCCGAUCACUAACCAGUAGUUCUUCCCCAUUACUAACUAGUAGUUCUUCCUCAUCACUGACCAGUAGAUCUUCCCCAUCACUAACCAGUAGUCCUUCCCCAUCAUUAACAAGUAGUUCCUCACCAUCACUAAACAGUAUUUCUUCCCCAUCACUAGCCAGUAGUUCUUCCCAAUCACUAAUCAGUAGCUCUAACUCAUCAGAAACCAUUAGUACUUCCUCAUCAGUAACCAGUAGCUCUUCCCCAUCACUAAGCAAUAGUUAUUUCUCAUCAAUAACCAGUAGUUCCUCCAUAUCAUUAAACAAUAGUUCUUCCUCAUCAAAAACCAUUAGUUCUUCCCAAUCACUAAAGAGUAGUUCUUCCCAAUCACUAACCAGUAGUUCUUCCUCCUCACGAACCAGUAAUUCUUCCUCCUCACGAUCCAGUAGUUCUUCCUCUUCUUCCUCAUCAGUAAGCAGUAGUUCUUCUUCAUUACUAACCAGUAGUUCUUCCUCAUCAGAAACCAGUAGUUCUAAUUCAUCAGUAACUAGUAGUUUUUCAUCACAAACCAGUGGCUCUUCAUCACCACUAAGCAGCAGUUCUUACUCAUCACUCACUAGUAGUUCUUUCUCAUCAGUAGCCAGUAGUUCUUCUUCUUCUCCAUCACUAUCCAGUAGUUCUUUCCCAUCACUAACCAGUAGUUCUUCCUCAUCGCUGACCAGUAGUUCAUCUAGUUCUUCCUCAUCAGUAACCAGCAGCUCUUCACCAAUAGUAACCAGUAGUUCUUACUCAUCACUAACCAGUAGUUCUUCACCAUCUCUAACAAGCAGUUCUUCCUCAUCAGUAACCAGCAACUCUUCCUCAUCAGGAACCAUGAGUUCUUCCUUAUCAGAAACCAGAAGUUCUUCCUCAUCACUAACCAGAAAUUCCCCAUCGUCACUAACCAGUAGUUCUUACUCAUCACUUACAAGUUAG